UUAGAAAAGGCGCAAUUUAGCGCCAACGAGAUAAGCCGUAGAGGGAGUCUCUGUAGAAAUUGUGAAUUGAAGAAAAAUAUGGAAGCGACUCUCGCAUCCACACUUUCGCAACUCAAAUCUCCUUUCCAGUCUCUCUCUUCCAAAUUGUGGCCUUCAGUUUCCCUUACUUCCCGGGAAAGUAAACGGAAGACGAUUAGGUACGCUCCGGCAACGGUGAGUUUGCCGGCUUCUCGCAUUCGUCUCAGAGUGUUCGCCAAUUCGCAAUCGGCGCCUGCUUCUGCCGUGACGUCGGAAGUGUCGUCGGUGCCUUUGGAAAUGAAGGCGUGGGUGUACGGUGAGUAUGGAGGCGUCGAUGUGUUGAAAUUUGAUAGCAGUGUAUCGGUGCCUGAAGUGAAGGAGGAUCAGGUUCUGAUUAAGGUCGUUGCGGCGGCGCUUAACCCUGUCGAUGCUAAAAGGAGGCAGGGGAAGUUCAAGGCCACGGAUUCUCCUCUUCCGACAGUUCCAGGAUAUGAUGUAGCAGGUGUGGUGGUGAAGGUGGGAAGUCAGGUAAAGGAGCUAAAAGAAGGGGACGAAGUAUAUGGCAACAUCAACGAGAAAGCCCUCGAUGGCCCCAAACAGUUCGGUUCUCUUGCAGAGUACACUGCUGUAGAGGAAAAAUUAUUAGCCUUAAAACCCAAGAAUAUUGAUUUUGUUCAGGCCGCUGGGUUGCCUCUGGCUAUUGAAACAGCCUACGAAGGUCUGGUAAGAACCAACUUUUCUGCUGGCAAAUCAAUUCUCGUUCUCAACGGUACUGGUGGAGUUGGAAGCCUAGUCAUUCAGAUAGCAAAACAUGUGUUUGGAGCUUCAAUAGUUGCAGCCACUUCGAGCACUGGAAAGUUAGAGUUCUUGAAAAGUUUGGGUGUGGAUUUAGCCAUUGAUUAUACCAAGGAGAACAUCGAAGAUUUGGCCGAAAAAUUUGAUGUAGUCUACGAUGCAAUUGGGCAGUGUGAUAAGGCGGUGAAAGUAGUGAAAGAAGGUGGCAGAGUCGUGGUGCUGACAGGCGCAGUGACAGAGCCUGGUUUCAGAUUUGUGGUCACUUCAGAUGGAGCUGUUCUGAAGAAACUGAACCCAUUCCUGGAAAGCGGGAAGGUGAAGCCGAUCGUGGACCCAAAAGGACCUUUUCCAUUCUCUAAGGUCGCAGAGGCCUUCUCAUAUGUUGAAAGCAGCCGAGCCACUGGAAAAGUAGUCAUACAUCCAAUCCCAUGAGGGUACUAAUCUGUGAGAUCUUCGAGAAACCUUUCCCUUCUUUACUCUGAAAUGGCUCUGUAACUAUUGGAAGUAUCCCAGCAUGGAUUGACAUUAAAAGGAUCUUAUUGCACUGUUAAAAGAGAAUGAAGCAAGCCAUUUCAUUA